CAGAGGCCAGUGUGGCAGAGACAGAGACGAAACGAAGCCAGGCAAAGGACGCGCGCGCACGAACGGCUCGCUCUCCGAUACCCUCACACCCAGAUCCCUCUCGUUUCAGGAAAAAAGCAAAGAUUCCGCCGUCCGAUCCCGAGCCACUCCGCUCCGUUGAUUCGGGCUCGGGCAUGGCGCCGACGCCGAACCAGAGCCAGCAGCAGCAGCAGCAGCAGCAGAGUCCGGCCGAGGCGGCUCCGGUGCCGACUGCGCGGAGCAUCCCGGACGAGGCGCGGCGGCUGCUGCACGAGCUGGCGGCGGCGUGGGAGGACGUGGCCGUGGCCGGGUGCGGCGGGCGGCGGGAGCCCGAGGUGGUGCCGCUCAAGGGCGCCAUGACCAACGAGGUGUACCAGGCGCGGUGGGCCAUCACCACCACCACCGGCGGCGGCGGCGCCGAAGCGGGCAGGGACGCGCGGACCGUGCUGGUGCGGGUGUACGGGGAAGGCGUCGACCUGUUCUUCGACAGGGAGGACGAGGUGCGCACGUUUGAGUUCAUGUCGCGGCACGGACUCGGCCCGCGCCUCCUCGGCCGCUUCCCCAACGGCCGCGUCGAGGAGUUCAUCCACGCCAGGACACUUUCAGCUCCUGAUCUACGUGAUCCGGAGAUUUCAGCUAUUAUAGCCUCCAAAUUGAGAGAAUUUCACAGCCUUGACAUGCCUGGUUCAAAAUAUGUGCUCAUUUGGGAAAGAUUAAGGAACUGGCUCAAAACUGCCAAGAGCUUGUACUCCUCUGAUGAAGCCAAAGAGUUCUGCUUGGAUAGCAUGGAGGAGGAGAUCACCGCGUUGGAGAAUGAAUUCUCAGAGGAAUGCGAGCGUGUAGGAUUUUGCCAUAAUGAUCUCCAGUAUGGAAAUAUCAUGAUUGAUGAAGAGACCAAAUUGUUGACCAUUAUUGACUACGAGUAUGCAAGUUUUAACCCUGUUGCCUAUGACAUCGCAAACCAUUUCUGUGAGAUGGCUGCAGACUACCAUUCAGAAAAACCGCACAUAUUGGACUACAGUAAAUAUCCAGAUACCAAUGAGCGGAAGAAAUUUGUGCAGACAUACCUGAGCUCCUCAGGUGAGGAAUCUGAAGUGGAGGUAGAGAACCUGAUCAAAAGCAUUGAGAACUACACCCUUGCCAGCCAUCUAGUUUGGGGCCUCUGGGGAAUAAUUUCGGAUCAUGUCAACGAUAUCGACUUCGACUAUAAGGAAUAUGCGAGGCAGAGGUUCGAGCAGUACUGGCUGAAGAAGCCGACCAUCCUAACUUCUGACUGCUGAAUAGAACCCGAGCAUCAGGUUCUGCACUCCACCGAUGGCCUCUGCUGUACAUAGCUUGUCCAUUCUUCUCUGCUCAUUGAGGAUUGAGGUCUGUCCCUGGGCACAAGGUUGUUAAGAAAGGCUGGACCUAGAGGCCAGGUCAGGCAUUCAGGGAAAUCACUCGGUUGUUAAUAGUGUAAGGCGAGAGAUUGUUGAUAAAACCCUGGCUGCUUGUUGUAUGAUGGUAUGUAUGAUCACUUCGUGUAUGUGUGCUUGGUUAGUGGCUAGCUUAGUGCUGCCUUUGUGUCUUCAGUGUAUGGGAAAUAUAUGUAUGGACAAUCAGAUAAAGAUCACUGCAGGUUCUGUACCUGUAUUUGGUG